UGCCUGACGCCAAGCACCCAGCUCGCCCUCACCAUGGCUUCUCGCAUCCCGGCAAUCACACUACACAAUGGAGGGAAGAUGCCUAUGGUGGGGCUUGGGACCUAUCAGGGCCAUGACGACGAGAUGCGGCAGGUCCUGAACGUGGCCCUCGAGUGCGGCUACCGGCACAUCGACACGGCCACGGUGUACAGGAACGAGGCUGAAAUCGGGGACGUCCUUCACGAGUGGCUCUCCAGCGGUCGCGUCGCCAGGGAGGAACUCUUUGUGGUGACGAAGCUACCCAUGACUGGCAACCGCUCUGGAGACGUGGGUAGAUUUCUCCAGGAUUCUUUGGAUAAGCUGCGUCUCUCUUAUGUGGAUCUUUAUCUUAUCCACAGUCCAGUCGGGAUGAAGGCCAACAGCAAAGGCGUGCUUGACAUGGACACAAACCACGAGGAAGUCUAUAAGGCUAUGGAAGAACAGCAUCCUGUGGUGACGUCAAUGGCCAAGCGCCUUGGUAGGACCCCAGCACAGGUCCUCCUCAGAUCCGACGAAUACCCGAUCCUCCUGCAGCAUCCUGUGGUGACGUCAAUGGCCAAGCGCCUUGGUAGGACCCCAGCACAGGUCCUCCUCAGGUUUUUUGAUCCAGAACAACUUGGUCGUCAUUCCGAAGUCCACCAAUCAGAAACGGGUCAAAGAGAACUUCAAUCAACACACUGCCGUUUGCAGAUCCGACGAAUACCCGAUCUCCUGCAGCAUCCUGUGGUGACGUCAAUGGCCAAGCGCCUUGGUAGGACCCCAGCACAGGUCCUCCUCAGGUUUUUGAUCCAGAACAACUUGGUCGUCAUUCCGAAGUCCACCAAUCAGAAACGGGUCAAAGAGAACUUCAAUGUGUUUGACUUCGAGCUGAGCAGCGAAGACAUGGCAUCGUUAGAAGCCUUAGACCGGAAAGGCGACGGACGCGUCAUAGACUUCAAGUCACUGUUCGAAGGGAUCGAGAACCAUCCGGAAUGGCCCUUCGGCAUCCCCUACUAAGGAGAAGGCGAAAGAAAGAAGAACGAAGAAAGAAGAAAGUGCACAGCUCGGAAAAGACCUUAUAGUCGAUGCUGGAUU